AAUUAUAAAUAUCAAUACUGUCCCAUCUCUCACCAUUCGAUUCCUCUUUCAUCUCUCAAUCUCCACCGUUCAUUCUGUCCCUCUCCCACUAUGUAUUAUUCCUCACACCCUAUUCCUCUUUCCAUCUCCGAUUGGCCCGGUCGGCGGUUCGGUCCCGAUCCAAUUGGCUCGUCUUCAGUGUAAAAAAUAUCCCCCUCUUCUCUCCACCUUCAUCUUCAUCUUCAUCGUUUAUCGCGCGUUUCAUCCUCACAAACCUCACACGUGUCACCAAAUCCGUUACCCCGAACCGAAAAAAUCUUCAGGUUCGUAUCCGAUCCGUUAUAACUAACUAACAAACAAAAAACCCGAGAUCUUCGGUAACCGUUUCUGUUAUGGAGGAGAAAGACACGUGUCCCGGCGUCGGAAGAAUGAGCGCUAGAUUAACCGACGUCGUUCUCGACUGCGUCUUACCGUACGUCCACGAUUCCAAAGACCGAGACGCGAUUUCUCAGGUCUGUAAGAGGUGGUACGAACUCGAUUCGUCGACGAGGAAGCACAUCACGAUUGCUUUAUGCUACACCACCACGCCGGACCGGCUCCGGCGACGGUUUCCUCAUUUGGAAUCACUGAAGCUCAAGGGAAAACCUAGAGCGGCGAUGUUUAACUUGAUACCGGAGGAUUGGGGAGGAUUUGUGACUCCUUGGGUUAGAGAGAUUUCGAAAUACUUCGAUUGUUUGAAGUCGUUGCACUUUCGUCGUAUGAUUGUUACGGAUUCUGAUCUUCAGAUUCUCGCUCGUUCUCGUCAUCAAAGUCUUCAUGCUCUUAAGCUUGAAAAGUGUUCUGGAUUUUCAACGGAUGGACUUUACUAUAUUUGUCACUCUUGCAAGAAUUUAAGAGUCUUGUUUAUGGAGGAAAGCUCAGUUGAUGAGAAAGAUGGUGAAUGGCUGCGUGAGCUUGCUUUGAAUAAUACAUUUCUCGAGACACUGAAUUUUUACUUGACUGAUAUUAACAGUAUCAGGAUUCAGGACCUUGAACUUGUAGCAAAAAACUGCCCCAACUUGGUCUCUGUGAAAAUUACUGAUUGUGAAAUCUUAAGUCUGGUAAACUUCUUUCGAUAUGCAUCUUCUCUCGAAGAAUUUUGUGGAGGUUCCUACAAUGAAGAUCCAGAAAAGUACGCUGCUGUAUCAUUGCCAGCAAAGUUAAAUCGGUUGGGUUUGACAUAUAUUGGAAAGAAUGAAAUGCCAAUUGCGUUCCCUUAUGCAGCCCAACUGAAAAAAUUGGAUCUUCUCUAUGCAAUGCUGGAUACAGAGGAUCAUUGUACAUUAAUCGGGAAAUGCCCCAACUUGGAAAUCCUUGAGUCAAGGAAUGUAAUCGGAGACAGAGGAUUAGAAGUACUUGCUCGCUGCUGUAAGAAGCUGAAAAGGCUAAGGAUCGAAAGAGGUGACGACGAUCAAGGAAUGGAAGAUGAAGAUGGUAUUGUUUCCCAGAGAGGACUUAUUGCCCUAUCACAUGGCUGUCCAGAGCUCGAGUACAUGGCUGUUUAUGUAUCCGACAUUACAAAUGCCUCUCUAGAACACAUUGGCACUCACUUGAAAAACCUUUGUGAUUUUCGCCUCGUCUUGCUAGACCGCGAGGAGAAGAUAACUGAUUUGCCACUUGACAAUGGAGUGAGGGCUUUACUUAGAGGUUGCGAAAAGCUGAAAAGAUUUGCUCUAUAUCUCAGACCCGGUGGCCUAACUGAUGUAGGUCUAGGUUACAUAGGACAAUACAGUCCAAACGUGAGAUGGAUACUUCUCGGUUAUGUCGGAGAAACAGAUGCAGGGCUCUUGGAAUUCUCAAAAGGUUGUCCAAGUCUUCAGAAACUUGAAAUGAGAGGAUGUUCAUUUUUCACUGAGUAUGCAUUAGCUGUUGCUGCAACUAGACUAACAUCUUUGAGGUAUCUUUGGGUACAAGGUUAUGGAGCAUCAACAUCAGGACUUGAUCUUUUGGUAAUGGCUAGACCCUAUUGGAAUAUUGAGUUGAUUCCUUCUAGAGUUGUAACUGAUCAUCAUCAUCCAGCUCAUAUUCUUGCUUAUUACUCCCUCGCUGGACCAAGAUCAGAUUUUCCUGAUACUGUUAUACCUUUGGUUCCUGCAACAACAGCAGCAUCCUAUUUUGUUAACAGGUAAAGUUAUGUAUUUGUAUAUAUACCAAUCCCUGUUUUUCCUUUAAAAAAAUUGUUUGGAAGUGGCUCAAGUGUGACAAGUGUUGUUUUAGCUAGAAGGUUUCAACUUUCACUGCUUUUUCUAGACAUUGUUAUUAGUCUUGUAAUAAGCUUGUAUUCUUUUUUGCAAUUCAGAUAUGCUUCUAUCAA